AUGGUGGGAGGAAUGGUGAGCUUGGCAACUGGGGUGAUGAACCCCCUUGUUGGAAAGCUCACCGCGCUCGCGGGCGACGAGUACAAGAAGCUCCGAGGGAUGAGGAAGCAGGCAUCCUUCCUCGUGAAGGAGUUCAGUGCUAUGAAUGCUGCCCUUCACAAGCUGGGGCUCGUGGAUGAGCUCGAUCCAGCCGUCAAGGAUUGGAGAGACCAUGUCAGGGAAAUGUCCUAUGACAUGGAGAACUGCAUCGAUGACUUCAUGCGUCAAUUUGGACGCGAAGAUGCCGAGGCAGGCUUCGUCAAGAAGACUGCUCGGCGUCUCAAAAAUCUGUGGCAGCGACAUCGGAUCGCCACCCGGAUCGAAGAGCUAAAGAAACUUGCGAUAGAAGCAAAUGAGCGACGGGAGAGGUACAAGUUUGAUGAUUGGAAGCCUAGCCCUGGCUUUGUCGCUAUUGACCCUCGGCUACGAGCAGUUUACCAGGAGGCCGCCAGCCUUGUGGGUAUUGAUGGCCCAAUAGAGGAGCUGGCUAGUUUGUUGAUGGACACUCGGGAGGAACUGAAGGUGUUGUCCAUUGUGGGGUUCGGAGGUCUCGGAAAAACUACACUUGCCAAACAGCUGCAUGUGAUGUUCAGAGAAAAGUUCGAUUGUAAGGCAUUCUUUUCUGUUUCACAGAAACCUGAUAUAAAAGUGCUUCUUAUCCGCCUAGAAGCGAAACUUGAUAUGCCUCGGUCUUCUGAUGAUCGUGAGCUUGAAGACAUCAUUGAAGACAUAAGGGAACAUCUAAAAAACAAGAGCUACCUUAUUGUGGUUGAUGACUUGUGGGAUCAAUCAGUAUGGAAUGUUAUAAGCCGUGCCUUUCCAAAUGAAGGUAAUGGGAGCCGAGUGGUAGUCACAACAAGAGUGGAAGGUGUGGCCAGCACAGCUUGUCACAGGGAUCAUGAGUGCAUCUACAGAAUGAAGCCCCUCAAUGAACAUAGUUCAAGAAUGCUAUUCUUCGAUAGAAUAUUUGGGUCCGCUGAUGGUUGCCCAUCUUACCUCGAAGAUAUAUCAGCUGAUAUUUUGAAGAAGUGUGGUGGGUUGCCCCUCGCAAUCAUCAAUAUAGCUAGCCUGUUAGCUAGCCAAGAAGGAUCAAGGAAUGGUUGGGAGAAUAUAAGGAGUUCUCUGGGUGCCCGGUCUUCCAUAAAUCACACCUUGGAAGAUGUGAAGAAUAUACUGAAUCUUAGCUACAUGCACCUUCCUCUUCGUCUCCGGGCUUGUUUUCUUUAUCUUGGUAUGUAUCCCGAAGACCAGGAAAUCUUGGUGUCCGUUGUCAUUCGGGAAUGGGUAGCUGAAGGCCUUAUUAACAAUUUGCAUGGACCCGAUUUGAUGGAUGUUGGGAAGAGUUAUUUCAAUGAAUUAAUCAAUAGAAGCAUGAUUCAGCCUGCUGGAAGAACUAUGAAUGGAGAUCUGGAGUCUUGCAAAGUACACGAUAUAAUGCUUGAUUUGAUCAUAAGCAAGUGUACAGAAGAUAACUUCUUAAGUGUGGCAUCCAGUUCUGAAGACAUCGCAAGACUGAGAGGCUGCAAAUACAAUGUUCACCGGUUAUCCCUGAGGUCCAUGGCUGGUGGUGCAAGCAAUGGACAGACUAUGGCUGCUAGCUUGCUGUCACAUGUUCGGUCUUGUGCAUGGCCUAGGAACUCCAUGCCCCCUCUGUUGUUGUUCAAGUAUCUCAGGGUGCUCACCCUUGAGGGCCGUUAUAAUGCCCAUGGUCGCAUAGAGCUCCCUUGUUCACUUGAAGUGCUUGUUUUCUUGGAGACGCUGCACCUAGAUGGCUAUUUGGAAAACAUCUUCCCAUCAGAUAUCAUUCACUUGCCCCGCUUGUCCUAUCUAUAUCUUCCAAGUGGUGCAUGUGCUAUCCAAGGGGUCGAGAAUAUGAAAUCGCUCCGUACUCUGCUUCAGUUUGACCUGGGCAAGAACUCAGUGAAGGAUAUUAGGGGUCUUGGUGAGUUGACCAACCUGAUGGAGUUGAGCGUUUGCAGCCAUGCGGAGGCAUCCAAAAUGGGGUCUUUGGUGUCCUCUAUUGGAAAGCUCCGUAACCUUAAAUAUCUAGUUAUCAAUAGUCGUUCUGUUUCAGAUCAGAGUAAUCACUUGGGUUUAUUAUCCAGUAGUCCUUUUGAACAAAUUGAGGUACUUAGGCUGGGGGCUUUGGAGUUCCCUAGAGUCCCCAAAUGGAUCGGUGAUCUCCAUUGCCUCCGCUCCAUGGAUCUGCAUGCUAUGGAGACGUCGGCUGAUAAUGUUCAUGUUCUUGGAAAGCUGCCUUCCCUCGUCAUCCUCAUCAUCAGCAUGAGAAAAUUUACUGCAGAACGGGUUGUACUUGGCAAGGGAGUAUUCCCUGUUUUGGAGGAUUUAUAUUUCUUUCCAUCUAACGGAGACGCUAUGGCUUUCUUGGUAUUUGAGGAAGGGGCUGUGCCCAAGCUACGAGACCUCGCAGUCCAGGUGAAUGAAUGGGUCGGCAGUACACCAGUCGGCAUGGAGCACCUGAUACUCCUCAAGGAAGUUUUCUUGUAUGUGCCUGGUGAAGUCAAAUACUCAUCACCCUCAUGGAACCAUGAUGAUGUACUCUCAGCUUUAAGGAAAGCCGCACAACUGCACCCAAACCAUCCUUCCGUUGAACAAUUGUGGGGCUAA